GUGGAUUAUGGGUAAGCAGGAAGUAAACAAAACACACGUGGAAGAUGGCGCAUACAAAAGAAAUCAGAGAGAAAAGGACCGUAAAAGAUGAGGAUAUUUUAAAAGACUUCCAGGUUUCGUUUUUCGCUAUGAGUCGUCUGGCUUCGUUACCCUGGACGUUUGUGCAAAAAGACCUUGAGAGGAACAAGUCAACAGCGUUCAUUUCAGAGAUACUAAAACGUACGUGUCUUCAUCCUCUGUGUCAGAACUUUCCGCCAUCGGUCAAAUACAGGAGGCUGUUUCUCUCUGAGCUCAUCAGACGGCAGGAGGCUGCAGACUGUGAUCCUCUGGACGAGCUGUACGAUGCUCUGGCUGAGGUGGUAGGAGCUGAGGAGACGACCGAGUGCUACAAGAGCUACUUACUGCCCAACGGUGAAGCCGUCAGCCUGCUGGAAAACAUUGCUCUGAUCUCAGAGGGGACGACGGGACUGGUGACCUGGGAAGCUGCACUCUACCUGGCAGAGUGGGCUCUGGAUCACAAGCAGGUCUUCAGUGGCCGGACGGUUCUGGAGCUGGGCAGCGGCGUGGGGCUGACCGGUAUCACCAUCUGCCGUUCAUGCAGUCCCAACAGAUUCGUCUUCAGCGACUGUCAUUCCAGAGUCCUGCAGAAACUCGGAGACAACGUCCAUGUGAACGGUCUGACCGAGCAGGGGUCUCCUGCAGUUAGCAUCGAGGAGCUGGACUGGACGACAGCGUCGGAGGAAAAGCUGAAAGAGAUUGGGGCAGACACCGUCAUUGCUGCAGAUGUGGUGUACGACCCUGAAGUGGCAGGAAGUCUGGUGAAGCUGCUGUCCAAGAUCCUGAGGUGUUCAUCUGCUGAGGUCCUCAUCUGCUCCACGGUUAGAAACCCAGACACGUACGGCAGCUUCAAAAAGCAGCUCGAAAAUGCUGGAAUCAGCCAUCAGGUGAUGACAGGACCAGUCAGCCACGUAUUUCCCUACAACAGAAACUCUGCUAUAGAGCUCAUUAAACUGUUCAGGUGACACAACUGUAGCACAAUAAAGUUUUUAUUUACAAAUGUA